CUUUAGGGCCGUCUCCGCCUAUAUAAGAAGGGCCCCCGGAAGAAAAAACUUCAGAUCACAUCUUAACUCGCUUUCGUUGAGUUUCAUCCGCGCCGGAAACUUGUCACCAGCUAUUUUAAUCGCAAACAUGGCCGUUCAACAGUUGAUUUGGAUUGUGCUGAUUGGUGCCGUUCUCAUUGUCGGUUUUCCGGUCAAGUCUCCGGACACUGCUAAUGAGGAUGAUCGAUUAAAUUAUGAGAAAUACGUUCGGCAAUUGGAAAAGAAACACAAAUUCGCCUACAACGAUAUCGAUCAGCCGUGGCAGCCGAUUUCCGACGACGAAUCAGCAGAGGACGACAGCCAUGAAAUCGUUUUGAAAGUUGAAGAAUCCGUCUCUGUUCAACCGCUAGUGAAAGAUGAGGUCAAACAAACAUCACAAAGCCCCGUCCUAGUAGCUGAUCCGGCCCCAGUCGCUCCAGUAAUUAAGGCGGAAGAGACUCCUGCCGCUCAAGUAACUAAAGCGGAAGAAGUUCCGGCCAUUACUGCUACUAAAGCGGAGGAAACUCCUGUCGCCACUGUAACAAAAGCGGAAGAAGCUCCAGCCGUUGAUGUUACUAAAGCUGAAGAAACUCCGGCCGUUACUGCAAUUAAAGCGGAAGAAACUCCAGCCACCACUGUAACUGCAGUGGAAGAAAUUCCAUCGGAAUCUGUAACUAAAACGGAAGAAGCUCCGUCCGUUACUGUAUCUAAAUCAGAGGAAACUCUUGUCAUUACUGUAACAAAAGCGGAAGAAUCUCCGGCUGUUGUUGUAACAAAAGCGGAAGAAACUCUUUUAGUCGCUCCAGUAGCUGAAGCGGAAAAAGAGCCCCAGGUGGCGGAUGCGAUUUCAGAGACCGUCGCAACUGUGGCCGAGGACGAAGUCGCAGCCACGACGACACACGAAAAACUGUUGGCGGACCUCGAAGACGACAAUGUUCCAGCCACUACAACCCAAGAGAAACUGUUGGCAGCAGCAGCCGAUGAAGUUGAAGGUUCAGGUCAAAGUGAUCCAGCCGCCGACGUGGAGAGCGUGACAAUCGGCCAAGCCAACAACGAGCCGAUUGAGGACAGCACCACUUUCUCUGUAUUGAAAAUCGAUUCAGACGACGAAGAAUCUGCAACCAAGGUCGCCCAAAUUGAUGUCACUGAAGGAUCGGCUGAUGCUGCUGCUGUUCAACUUUUAAGUGAUUCUGUCACUAUUAACGCCGACGAAGGAUCCGGCCAGAGCGAUUCUGCCGAUAUCGGAUCUGGUCAGUUCUUGAGCCACAUCAUUGCCAAUGAUGAAGGUUCCGGAGCGGCCGACAUUUCCGAAGGAUCGGGAUUGGGUGUGGAAUUGAUCAAAGAAAUUGACCACACUAUCCAACCUGAGAUUUCUAAUGACGCCGAGUCGUCAACUGGAACACAUUUGUCUGAUUUGCACUUGAGCGACGACCUUGCCAAUGAUUCGUCAUCAUCGACCACGGAACCACCGACCACAGCCGGAUGGAAGGAUGGAGAGGAUGAAAAUAAGGAAGUCAAGUCUACCGACACCCCAACUGCCGAUGAGGUCGCAGCAGCGACAGAGAUUCAACCAAGCUCGACGGUGAGAAGCGUUCAGGCGGAGGAUUCUACCGAAGUGGUGGUGGCCGAUUCGACCGACGCAGUCAAUGUUGUUCGACAGGAAUCAGCUUCUGAUUCGACGGAUCGUCCGGAGGAGAACGCAACAUUUCUUAGCGUUCCGGUGAACGACCAAGUCGCCGAUGAGGCUAAUAACAAUGCGACCGAAAAGAACGAUGAUAGUCAUAGCACCCCGUCUGAUGUUUAAGUUUUCAGUGAUUUCCUUUUUCCCAAUCAAAUUAAUUGUAUUAUGUGUUUUGUUUUUUUAUUUGUCUACUGUGCGACCGAAUAAUAUUUUCUAUUUUGGUCCCAUAAUUAUUUCACGGAACACUCGCGUAAGUUCCAUUCGCUUCACAUGUGCCGAUCAAUCUCAAUACAUUUCAAAUAAAAAAAAAUUUCACCAAGAAA